AUGGAGUUCAAAGUGAUCAGUCGCGAGGGCGACCGGCACGAGCUCCUGCCCGUCGUGUACCUCAUCGCCCGAUCCGGUGCGUGGCGCCGGCGCGUGCCGUCCGUCGUCGAGUGCGCGCUCGUCGAAGAGUACAUCGCACCGCUGGUGGCCGAGUUCCCAGCGACAACUUUUGCUGCUGCUGCGACAUCUGCGACAACUGCUGCGACCGACGCAGCGCGUGUGCUGUCCAUUGUACAGACCGAAGUGCAGCUACGUGCGGCGCUGGGCGCGCAGCAGCCGCUGGACGAAGUCACGACGGACGAGAGGGACUACAAGAUGGGCGUCUUGGUGGACUUUGCGCGGACGCCCCACCGGCCCGGCACUGCAGCGCUGAACCGCGUCGUGUUCCAGAUCGCCACUGCGCUGCGCUCGGUGACGCACAGCAGUGCGCUGGUCGUGCCCGUGGCGAUGCACUACUGCUCGGCUGCGAGCAAUCUGCUGGUGGACGUGCGACGGUACGUUGGGAUUCGCUACGGGGCGCCGGUGCUGCUGGACGCGCGCGAGGUGGCCGUGUUCCGAGACGACCCGACAGAGUUCACGCAGCAUUUCAGCGCGCGAUUGCGCACGUCGCUGACGAUGGCGCCGCCGUCGUCGGUCGCUCAGAUUGAGAUGCUGCGGCUGACACGGACACUGCACGUGCACUGCGCGAAGAUGGUCCGAGACGACUGCUUCUCACGGCGACAGCGCGCCUCGAUGAACGAGGAGAUCAUGCAGAUCCACUUUCGCACGUCUACGCAUCCGGCCAUGUGCGAGCUGAAGCGCAGUAUGAUGGCGUACUGUGCGACGCUAAAGCACUGGAAGCUCCGUGACGAGGACAUCAAUUCUGCUAGUGCGCUGUUGGCCGUGGAAGAUCUGCCAAAGCAUCCGCUGCAUUUUGUGUGGCUGCUUGCUGCCGCCGUGCGCUUUGUCCUCAACUUGCCAGGUCGUCUUUUCCUGGCAAGCGCGUGUGACCUCAUCUACGGCUUUCCCCCACGCAAGUCCCACAACCGAUCGCUGCCUGUAGCUGCAGCAGCGGUAAAGGCGUUCCUGGGCUGCUUUGCACUUGGUGUGCUCGUCUGUGCAGUGCCGACGAGCGUAUCGGGGUGGCUGGUUGUGCUGGCGUUUGCGGCAGUGCUGGUCGUGGAUGCAGCAACUGCGCACAAUGUGCCAGCAGAUGUGGAGCACCUGAUGCAACACUGGAAGAAGCCGCAGUUCUAUGUCAUGGGUGCCGAUGAGCUCACGCGACUGAAGGAGACUCGUGCCGUGCUCGCUCGCAGUAUUCACGACAUUGUCGCACGGUACAUGUGCACGGACCUCCCGCCCCCGGUGCUGCAGGACGUGUCAAAGGCUACUGCGUCGCCAACGGCGUCUCUACUGGAUACCGACGAAUACACGCUCAACCCGCACCACAAGAUAUUUAUUAACGCACCGCGCUCGUUUCCGCUCGCAUACGCUGCAAUGAUGAAGGAUCCCAAAAAGGCUCGUCGGACGAUCUACGCGCCAAAGAUGCUGCGUGACGAGACGUGGCGCAGCAUUUACGAGACCGUUGCGCCCGCAGGUCUACGAUUCGCUGCGCUGCUUGCGGACAACAAGGGCGACAACCUCCCGAUGGACGAACUGCUCGCGACGCCAUUCUUCAGCGCAGUGCUGUCCGCUUACAUCCUGUACAAGACACGAUGUGUAGACGACGACAGCUCUACAUCGAGCUCCAGUGGUGACGAUGCUACUCCUGUCAUGGCCGACGAGAUGAAGCAGGAGCAGGCUCGAGCCUACCGCGAGUACGAGCAGAAUGUAAGCCAGCAAGAUCUCGGGGGCUACGGUUCCAUGCAGGAAAUCAUCGAUGCAGCAUUUCAGAUGGCACAAGACGAAGAGGAACUGACCGAGUAA